AUGACUUGGUUGAACGCCGCGGCGUGCAUUUGUGGAAUUCUUCUGCUGAUUAUUUGCAUCAUCACAGAGUCUGAAGGCGAGAGGUUUAAGAUUCCCGGAGAGGAAAUGGACCCUAGCAGUACAAAACUGGUAUAUCCCAAAAGAAUUUUGAGAAAUGGUGAUACCAGAGAAUGCGUAUCUACUAAAGAGAACGAAGAUCACAUGAGGGAGGUGAGCUUCGUCAUCCCAUCACACAGUGGUGAGCACAUUGUUGAUCUGCAUCAAAACAAGGAACUUGUACCUCGUUCGUUUAUGAUUAGAUCCUUUGAGAAGAACGGUACACCCGUGAUGAAAACGUUAAGGCCGGAAAACUGCCAUUACCAUGGGAAAAUCCGAGGCAACGAAGAAUCCAUAGCCGUAAUCAGCACUUGUACUGGAUUAAGGGGUUAUAUUGACGAUGGAAAGCAAAGACUAUACGUGGAACCCGCAACGUCUGAGGUUCGUCGUGGAAUUGACGAAUUCUAUCGUCCUUAUUUCACUACGGCGGAGACCAGAUACACAGAGCUUAUGAUAGCCGUGGACAAAAAUUUGUACAAUUAUUUUGGAAACGAAGAGGAAGAAGUAACCAACCGUAUGAUAACUUUAGUAAAUGCUGUGGAUAAAAUUUAUAGCAAAAUAAACAUCAGAGUGGUGUUGGUUGCACUGGAAUUCUGGAACAAUGGAGACAAAAUAGACAGAAAUGAAACAGCCUCGGUGUACUAUGACAGAUUCGCAAAAUAUCGAAAGAACAUACUGAAGAAAACCUUCCCUGAUCAUGAUAAUGCACAGUUAAUGUGCAACAACAGCUGGACUGACGCAGCAGGAAUGGCCGCGCUAUAUGGCAUGUGCACUGAUGAUUCUUCAGGAAUAGUUGCGUGGGACCAUUAUAUCUCCGUGGGACCUUGGAUAGCCUCAGCCCAUGAGAUGGGACAUAACUUUGGUAUGGAACACGAUGAAGAAAUUGGUGGAUGUACUUGUCUGACCCCUAGAGGUUGUAUCAUGGGAGGACACAAGACUCGCGUUGCAGGAUUCUCAGACUGCAGUAUGAAAAGUCUCGCAAAGCUGAACGACUUCUGUUUGUACGAUCGUCCACAAGCGGAAAUACGACCGAGAUGUGGAAAUGGACUUGUGGAACAAGGAGAGGAAUGUGAUUGUGGAACCGAAGAGGAUUGCCUGGAGUUGGAUCCGUGUUGUCAACCAAAAGGCUGUAAACUUAAGCCGGGCUCACAGUGCAGUAUACUAAAUCACGCUUGCUGUCAAGAUUGUGUGUUUAAACCACACGGAAUCCUGUGUCGACCGAGUGAAGGUGAUUGUGAUGUACCGGAGUAUUGCCCGGGAGAUAAUGGAGACUGCCCGGAGGAUUCAUUUAUUCAUGACGGUUAUCCAUGCCGCAGUAUAGGACAGCUUCUUGUUGGACCCACGACUUAUGGUCAAACUAAAAAUGUUGUACUUAAUCCACCAAUUGAGACGCAGUACUUAAGAAUAAAUCCCCAGUACUGGAGCUACUCAAGAAUGUGCCUUAAGACAGAAUUCUAUGGCUGCUCAGGAGAACAAGCUCAACCCGCUGCGCCCACACCUCUCCUUCAAGCGAGCGGAAUGUGCAUUAAGCCGCAGCAAGGAAACUGUCGGCCACAGGAUGGCACUAUUCUCGUCCUUACUCAAAUAAAACCUUGCGAUCAGCCUUUUAUGCAGUUCUCCCUAUCGGCGGAUGGUACCCUUAAACAUCACUGCAGCGGCAGACCAGUGUGCCCUCGUAAGCCAGCUCGUGGUAAAAAUUGUGAGCUCAUGAUCAGCAGCAAAUGUCAGCCACAGGACUCUAAAUUUGAAAGAACUGCUGCUCAUUCCUUAAGACACAAACCAACUGGAAUGUGUGUUCAUCUGUAUGGUGGUAACCCUCGAGAGGGAGUGGAGGUUUGCUUGUGGCAAGGGUGUGACGAAGAUCGUACCAAAGUCACGUUCAUGAAGCAAGAUUGUGUCCUUUCCCUUGGUAUGUCAACUGGUAUCAUUGCAGAUAAACAAAUAACUGCCUCAUCUACACUCAGCGAUGAGUGGCUGCCUAAAUACGCUCGUCUCAAUGGACCUAAGGCUUGGUGUGGUAAACCGAGUGACAAAAGUGACAAAGACGAGUACCUACAGAUCGACCUUGGGAAAGUUCAGAUGAUCACAAGAGUCACCAUGCAAGGAUAUGAAUGGGAUCUUGUUGAAGGGUUUUAUCUUUGGUACAGUGAAGAUGGAAAAAUGUGGACAGAGUAUAGCGAAGGUGGAGAUGAGCAGGAAGCUGAUUCCUUCUGUCAUUUAGGAAAAUGUGCCGACUCACUGGAUACUCAAUGUUCUGAUCUGUGGGGCGGAACUGCCCGCUCAGCUGAAAAGGCAUGCUGGGAUAAAUACAACUCACGGAGAACGCAGUACGGGACAUGUGACGCCACAAGGCCCCGCCCCUGUGCGAAAAGGUCCAGUAUGGAAAAUACUAAAUGUAAAAAUUGUACAGACAGCUUUCGACAAAUACCAGAUGUGGAUUAUGGCUCUGGUUAUAAAAGGAUUCCUCUUACUUCUGGGGCUCAAUGCAGCGUUGCGUCCCUGAAUUAUCAAAGUGAUUUUAUCGGGCUGGGAAUGGUAAAAGAAGGAACUAAAUGUGGAGCAAACAAGUUUUGUACCAAUGAUGGCCAAUGCGCUUGUGAAAACGGGUUUGAUCCGGCGUCCACUUGCAGCAAAGUUGGUACUGCACGUGAUGGCAACUGGGGGGCUUGGUCAAGCUGGACAAACUGCUCGCGAGCCUGUAACGGUGGAACACGUUUACGUUAUCGAUUUUGUGACAGUCCAUCCCCUUUGUAUGGAGGAAAGAUCUGUGAAGGAGAAAGACUUCUGGAAGAGGCUUGCAACGAGGAACCCUGUCCUCAGGCUCAUUCCUGCCGCCAUUUGCAAACCAUCGGUAAAAGACUUAACAAGCCCUACGCUGAUGGCGUUUAUGAAAUAAAUCCAGAUGGGAAAGGUAUUGUCAAAACCAUGUGUGAUAUGACGCGUGAUGGUGGUGGAUGGACGCUAUUGAUUACCAGCUACACCAACAAGUGGACCAGGCAGAAUGUCUUACAAAAUAAUGAAAUGGAUCCAAAACUUAAAGACGAUUACUCUAUCCUGUUUAAGGCAGAUGACAUCAAAAAUAGUGGAAACGUAAAGGGUUCCACCUUUGAAUAUCGCUUAGAAGCUGAUAGUCCAGGAAGAUGGGGUGGAAUUUGGAAGGCACCACGUAGCUACAGUUUUGUCAAAAUUGAUAACAGUCAGACUGGAGUCCGGUUAACUAAGAAGUUUGACGAGUGGGGUUAUUCGUGGUACGGUUUGAAGAAAAGGAUGCCUUGGCUGUACGGCGAGAGGCUAACUACUGCUGGUGAACCAAAGAGAAAUGAAUUUGGUUCUAUUACAGCCUCUAUGAAGAAAUAUCACCCAGCUCCAUGGAUAUAUGGCAAAGACAAAGAACAAUGUCCGACCUACAUCUGGUACUGGAUGAGAGAAGGAGAGUACGGUCCUCCGAGAUCCUGCAUGGAGGUCAUGACUCGUAGCAUUGGGAAGGAGGGAGCUUCAGAUGGUUUCUACAAUAUUCAGCCAGUGGACAAACCAGUCUCAACAUAUUGCGACAUGACACGUAAUGGCGGAGGCUGGACCUUACUCCUUACCAGCGCUUCUCGUCAAGGAUGGAAUACAAAGAACGUUUUGGAAAGGAAUAGGCAAAAUCUAUCGCUUAAAACAGAUUUUUCGAUUCUUGGGCAAGCUGAUAAUAUUCUUGGAAAGGAAAAAUUUCAGUACCGACUCGAGGCCGAUGGUGACGACAUGUUUGGAGGAAUUUGGGAGACUGUAAGAGGCUACUCUAUGACGUCAUCCUCUGAUACUCAAACAAACAUACGACUGCUAAAGAAGUUUGGAAUGUGGGAUGAGACAGAAAAUUUGAACAAGCGCGUUCCUCGUCUCGAGGCCGGUGGAAAAUACUUAUAUACGACUGGCUCAGUGAGAGAUAACUCGGGCGUAAUAGUGACCUCUGCGAAUGAUGCCAUCUACAUAAACAGCGAGAAACCCAAACCGAAGGUCAUACGGGUAUGGAUACGAGAGGGAACCAGACGCUCGUGCAACCAAGUCAAGGUUUACGGCACGCAGCUUGGUAUCACAUACGACGACGGAGUUUACAUGAUUAAAAAAGAUGACGUCGAUUACUUGCCUGUCUUUUGUGACAUGACAUCAGACCUUGGGGCUUAUACUCUACUAGUCACCAGUGCCUCGAAUAAUUGGAAUGCUAAAGAUGUGACGUUUCGAAAUGUGGAGAAACCGUCGCUAGGCAACGACUAUUCUAUUUUAGGAUUGGCGGAUAAUAUAAAAGAUAUCAGUGCAGCCAAGUCUUUCAAGUAUCGGCUGGAAGCUAAUUCACUCGGAACCUGGGGUGGAAUUUGGGAAGCGCCUAUAGAGUACACAUUCCUGAAAACCGAUAACACUCAAACCAAUGUCAACCUGGUGAAAAAGUUCAACCAAUGGGAAUACAGCGACGAUGGCGUUCAGAAGCGCAUGCCCUGGAUGGCUGGAACAUUUGGGUUACUGACCACUGCGACUGUGGGUGACUGGUAUCCUCGUGGAACUAUCAUCACAGACAGGAGAGAGGGAAAGCCAGCUAACUGGAUAUAUCCGGAGAUGUUUGAUCCAGGGGUUAUAUGGUAUUGGAUAAAUGAAGAUGAUUGCGACCAGAGUAGGAAACCUGUUGAUGGUGGCGUAUCAGAGUGGGGUGAGUGGAGUCGUUGUGACAAGCUCUGCCAGCCGGGUAGAAUGACCAGACGAAAAAAGUGUGACAAUCCCAAACCCAAGUGUGGCGGCAAACAGUGUGACCUGAAAAUUCUGCAGAAGGAAACCAAGGAGUGUAAUUACUGUCCAGAAAGUCCUAUCCGGGCGGUGGACAAAUUUUGUGUCCAGCCUCAGCGAUCAAGCUGCCAGAUACCCGACGGAACUAAGCUGGUUUACAAAUCCUCUGCUGAAUGCUCGAAAGAAUAUCAGAAGUUCAUUUACGAUGAUGGUAUUCUGAUGCACAAAUGUAGCAAAAAAUAUGUUUGUCCAAGAGGAGGUCGUGUCGACUUUGGCGCCGAACUUGUAAUCGUGAGUUCAACUGGCAACUGUGAUCCAGAAGAUGCCAGAUUUGAAAGGACACCUGGGAUGUCCCUCAUGCACAUAAGAAGUGGUCUGUGCGUUCACCCCAAAGGGGGAAGACCCUCUGAAGGAGUGCCGCUUGUUUAUUACGAAGGAUGUGAUCAACCAAGGCUUAAACUGGAUCUCUAUCAACUAAAGG